GUCGCUCCGACGGCACAUUCCAGACGCUCGGCAUCUGUUGCGUGGCGCGCGAAACUACGUCGCGAUCUUUUGAGGUUUUUUGAGGUGCCCGCGGAGAAGCUUCGACGACGAAGAUCGACCCGGAAUGUGCGACGAAAGGGGACGCGGGUCGCAGGUCGACCUAGGGGCGAGCGAGCAACAACGUUUCGGCUACUAGACCGGGCGUCCUUCUUCGGGACGCCCGCGAGCGGCGGCGGCGAGCCAUGUAACCAGGCCGCCGGCCGGAUGCCCGCCACCACGAUGUUCUCGAAGCUGCGGAGCGGCGGCGGGGGCGCGCAGACCCCCGUCGAGACGAACCCCAUCGGUCAGUUUUUCGAAAUCGGCAAGCAGAUCGCUAGCGCGGGCCCGGAACUCGUCUGGAAGAUCCACGACGCUUACCGGAAGAGCGACGGCAAAGAGUGCUCGGUGUUCAUCUUCGAGAAGCGCAGCGCGGAGAAGCUGCACAAGCCGAAACGCAAGGAGACGAUCACGGAAAUUCUGCGGAACUCGGUGAGGCAGCUGGAGCGUUUCCGCCACCCGAAGAUCCUGCACGUGCUGCACACGGUGGAGGAGUGCGCGGACACCCUCGCUUUCGCCACGGAGCCGGUGUUCGCCAGUCUCGCCAACAUUUUGGCGUUCCAGGAGGCGGCGAUCGGGGGCUCGGCCCCCGCCGCCCAGCAGCAGCCUCCCGGCCGACCGGCCGUCCUCCAACGCGAGUACAACUUUCUCGAUAUCGAGUACAAGUACGGUAUACUUCAGAUAACGGAGGCGCUGUCGUUCCUGCACUUCUCCGGGCACGUGAUCCACCGGAACGUAUGUCCGGCGAGCGUGCUGGUCACCAAGAAGGGCACGUGGAAGCUCGCCGGGUUGGAAUUCAACGAGAGGGUAACCGACGUCGACGGCGUCGAGCCGGUCGCGUGUCAGCCGUGGACGUCGAGACUGUCGAAAAUGGCGCAGCCCAACCUGGACUACCUGGCGCCCGAGUGUCAGACGCAGUCGGUGUGCACCGUACUGAGCGACAUGUUCUCCCUGGGGAUGAUCGUGUGCGCCAUCUUUAACCACGGCCGGCCGAUCAUCCAGGCGAACAACUCGAGCUCGUCGUACCUGAAGCAGCUGGAGCUGCUGGAGGACCAGGUGCACAACGUCCUGGGCAAGAUACCGGCCCCGCUCCAAGAGGUGACGGCGAGGAUGCUGAGCAAGGACACGCGGCAGCGACCCACCGCCCAGCUGCUGGUCCUCAUCCGGUACUUCGACGAUCCGUGCGUGCACGCCCUCAAGAACCUCGACACCAUCAUGAUGAAGGACCCCACGCAGAAGAACCACUUUUACAGGAACACGCUCAAAGACGCGCUGCCCUACGUGCCCAAGAAACUGUGGUACCAGCACGUGUGGCCGUCGCUGCAGCAGGAGAUGCGGUCGCAGGAGGUGCUCGCGGCGGUACUGCAGCCCGUCCUCUACCUCAUUCAGGAGUCGACGAUCGAGGAGUACGAGUCGAUGAUAUUGCCGUCGUUUCGCACGGUGUUCCAGGCGCCGAAAACGGUCCAGGCGGCGGUCACGCUUCUCGAAAACGUGCACAUCAUCCUGGAGAAGACGCCGCGUGACGACAUACGAGGCGACGUGCUGCCGAUGCUGUACAACGCGUUCGACAGUACCACCAUCCAAGUGCAGAACGCGGCCCUGGUCGCGGUCGCCAACAUCGCCGAGUACCUGGACGAGACCGCCAUUCGAAGGAUCGUCCUGCCCAAGACGAAGAUCAUCUACGAACGGAACCAGAACGAUCUCAAACUGGUGUCGAACGUGUUGACGUGCGUCGAGCGCAUUCUCGACAGGCUCGACAAGUCGCAGAUCAUCGACGAGGUGAUGCCGUUACUCUACGAGAUCCGCCUCUCCGACCCGCAGAUCACGCUGCGCGUAGUCAACGUUUACCGGCUGAUGUUGAGCGACAAAAAGUACGGGCUCAGCGUGAAUCUGAUGGCGACGAAGGUGAUGCCGUCGCUGUUGCCGCAGACCGUGAACCCGUCGCUCAACCUCGAGCAGUUCACCGUGCUCGUCGAGGUGCUGCAGGACAUGCUCGACCAGAUCGAUCGCAAUCAACGCAACAAGCUCAAGUUGGACAACUUGUCGUUGCCGAGUCCCGAUCGGCACCGGCCCCUCCGCCAUCAGUACAGCUCGGACAACAUGCACGUACCGCCUUUCAACAUUCCCAAUUUGCGGAUCGAGCAGCGCAAGACGUCGAGCGCGGAGGACAUGCAGCGGAAGAACUCGACGGGCGGGAUGCUCGGCGGCUGGUGGUUCGGGGCGUCGCCCUCGUCGCCCGACAGCAACUUCCUGCGGGUGGUGAACGCGUUCCCGAACAGGAGGCUGUCGGACAACACGCUGAUGACGCCCAAGAUCCGGAUAGCGCCUUCGUGCGCGUCCUCGCCGGGGGGCACGCCGGGAGGCGGCGGCCUCCCCAUCCGCCGCCACUCGAGCAUCGGGCCCCAGGAAAGGCGGGGCUCCACGGUAAACCUGUCGCCGCCGACGGGCGGGAUCGCAUACGGCUCGAUGUACGGUCCGGUGUCACGCGAGGGCUCUAGCCUCUCGGUCCCGUCGACGUCAUACCUUGCACGGAGCAUGAUAGGCGGCUCGAUGCCCAACACCAGCAGCAGCGUGCCGUUCCUGUUGAGCAGUAGUAUGCAGUCCAUAAGGUCGCGGCGGCCGUCUGCCGCCAUGGGCGGCUCCCAAGGCGGCGGCAGCAGCGGCCUCCUCCAGCAGCUCGGAUCCGGCAUGUUGAGCACGUGCCCUGCCGCCGCCGCGACGACGACGACGACAGACGACGCCGACGGCCGCCUCCUCCGCCGCCGCCGCCGCCCCGGCCGCCGUACCAGCUGUUCGCGGGACGCCAGUGAGCGCGAACCCGCCGCCUGGUGCGUCGGCCGCCCCCUUCCCGUCCCCGACCCCCACCACCCGCAAUUGGAAAGCGAGCAAUCCGAUCGACAAUCAGAACCGCAGGACGGACGUACCGAUGUGUUUGUCUCUUGAUGUCGUCCUCCUCCGCACUCGUGCCCGUGUCUCUGUGUGUGUGUGAGCGUGUGUGCGUGCGUGCGCGCGUCCCGCCCCCGCUCCGCCCUCCCUACGUCGCCAACCCACGGGGGCGGGACGACCGUCGGCCUAUCAUUAAAGAAUGUCCUUUUUGCCGAAGCCUUGUUCUAUAAAUGAUGUCGCGUAUACAAGUAUAGAGUUUAUAUUCUUUACACUGUCACUGACAAUCGCCUAUACAAAAAAAAGAGAUUUUAGAGCGAGAGAGAGAGUAUACAAUUCCAUAUUUUUCAUAUAUUCGUAUUUUCCGACGAUACUAAUUAGUGUUGAUAUAAUUAUAAACGUAAGGGUCGUUGAUACUGUGUUUCUGUCGCAUUUCCGCUUUCGUCCCUCUUCUCUUCUGUUUUUAGUUAAGGAAAUACCCGUUGCGGACGUAUACAGGGUCAUUCGGGAACCGCUUCCACGGAGUAAGUCUGACUUAUUUUCAGUGAUACGUAGCUUUAACGCGUCGAAAGCGUAUUUGUAAACGGCGGACGCGCGCAAUACUAACGUCAGACGUCAAAAACAGCGCCACCGCACCGUAGCGUGGAAAACUAUUUGCGUCGAUAAAAGAAAUUCCUGUAAUUAGGUUAAACAUGCGCGGCUCCGUCUACGAAUUAAUAAAUUACGUUUUAUGACACGUUGGUAGGUUAACCCAAAGAAUAUAAGAUAGAGGGGAAGCUCGCCCAUACUGUUACGAAUUCCAUCUAGUAUUUGUGUCCAAAUACUAAAGUAUCGUCAUGGCGGUUUAAAGUAAUGCGUCGCACUGAUAAUACUACAGUAAUCCCUAUUGAAAUCCAUGAGUAAAUUAAUAUUCAAGAAGAAUAUCAACUUAUAAACUAGCGCCACCGUACCGCGGCCCGCGAAGACAGCCGAACCAAGAUUUGCAUGUAGCAGACGAAUCCGCUUCGAUGCUUCUGCCCGUUACCAGAUAUUUCAGAUGCCGAGGUUAUCGAGCGAGAGGUUAACUAAAUCUAGCUAAAACUGAUGCGUCCGCCGUUUACAAACGUGCCGGCCGAGCGAGACGUUUUCGCCGGUCCCCGUUCUUCUUCUUAUUCUUCUUCUUCUUCCAAUUUCCACGUUAUUCGUGUGUCGUCGACAAUCUUAUAGCGCUAUUAUGUAACGUGAUGUGCACAAUUUUUCUAGCGGAUAUUUAAUACCAAUGCGAAUCAAUUCUCCUAUCUGAAUGUACGUGUGAGAAAACUUCCAAAUACGAUGUCCUCAAUUCAAAAAUCAUAUCAUGUGUAUAAAAAAAAUCUAUUAAUAAAGUAUUCGGUGUAUAUAGGUCGAAGAAAAAUAGACUAUAUUCCUUAUGUAUAUGUGAAUCGAUAUUAUAUGACCGUAUAUAUUUAUUAAAUACAAUCAAAGAGUGAAAGUACAAACGACAAUUGUGAAGGGGUCGAAGGGUUUCCCUGCAUCCGUUAAAUGCUUGGCCGCGGGCCAUUGUUGCCAAGUUGCGCUUUCUCAUAUACAUAUCUUUAAGUAAUGGCAAUGGCUAAUGAAAAUAAGGAAAGCCAUUGGAACGGGGUCAAACACUUAACGCCUAAUCGGAACUCUGCGACGUCCUACGGACGGCCAUUGUUUGAAGCAACAUAACCUAAUAAUAUGAGAAAUAUACAAUGUGAUAUGUUUUAAAGCGGGCGUUUUAUUCGCCUUUCACAAAUUGAAGAACACAAUAAAUAAACCCCCUUACAAGUGCGGCAAAUGGUUUUGAUUGCGACUCUGCUUUUUUCGAACACACCUGCCUGGAAUACUUCUUUUAUUUUCGAUUUCUUACGCCAACCUCCCAACGAAAACGUUCAGAGAAA